GCCUCACAAAACCUAGCUGCAGCCUCGAAUCUCUCUCAGCAACUACGGCGCUACGAUGGCCAAGAUGCGGAUGGUCGCCCAAAUUUCCACGCAGCGGGGACGGCGGCGCAUACUCGUCGCGUCUCUCCUGACCCGGAGCCCUACGUACGCCGCCGGCGCCGAGCAGGGGGCAGCCACCGACGACGACGGCGUCACGAUCGAGCGUGAGGCCGCGGGGGACCCUGUGGUGAGGCGGACGCGCAGCCGCUGCCGCGCCGCCGCCCUAGACCGCCUCCCGGAGGACAUCGUGGUGUGGGAGAUUUUGGUCCGCCUCCCGGCCAGGGACAUCCUCCGCUGCCGUGCGGUAUGCCGCUCCUGGCGCAGCCUCGCCUCUGCCCCUGAUUUCCUCCUCGCCCACCACCGGCGCCAGCCGUCACUCCCUCUUGUUGUGCUCUAUGGCAGCGCGGCCAGUUCAAGUACAGAGGCUGCUGGGCAACAAGUCUUGGGGCAAGGCCGCUGCCGGCCUGUCCUCGGCUUCGACGACUACGACCGCUGGAAGUUGCACGCUUCCUGUGACGGCCUCCUCCUGCUAAGCCUCUCUGAUGGCCGCUUCAGCGUCUGCAACCCGGCCACGCGUCAGUGCGUUUCACUCCCGGCCCUCACGGCCGCAGGCGACAUCAACGUUGCGGCACUAUACUUGCACUGCCAAUCCGGCGAGUACCGCGUCCUUUACUGGGAAGCAGCUGCGUACUACAUCCUUAAUGUGCGGGUGCGGCGGAGGGUCUCGCCGAGGUGCAUUGGAGUUCCUUCAGAUAGACCUGACAUGGUGGCUAUGUUGGCCGGGCAUGGGACUUCUCCUAUUAAUUUGGCCUCACCAGUCGUGUUUCGUAACCACCUUCACUGGGAACCUGAUGACUGUGAUCACUUUGAUGUCGGCAUAGUCAUUUUUGACACGGUGGUCGAGUCAUUCAGGUCUAUGUGUCGCCCGACUGCGACCGGCUUCUGCAUGCGUUUGUGGGACAUGGAAGGUUCAAUUGGAUUCAGUUGCUUGGACUCUCGGAGGUCCAGCUCAAAAAUCUGGGUGUUGGAGGACUACGAGAGGGAGGUCUGGUCAUUCAAGUACCAUGUUAAACACCCAGAGGAGGUCUUAUGUCACAGUGUAAACACACGACAUCCAGCGGUGGUGUUCUGGCACAGAGUAAACACACGACACUGUGUUUUGUCCCACGAGGGAGACCUGCUGGUCUACAACAUGUCUGCACGUUACAUGUUCCACUAUGACAGCACCGGUAAGUUACUAGAGGAAUUUAAAUGGGAACCCUUGUCAGGGAAUUUGAGCAUUAUUGGACACAAGUACAAAGAAAGCCUUGUCAAGCAUAAGUUCUUCCCCAAGCGUGAUGCUGCAUCCCCCGAUAAAAAAAGUUUAUUCCAAUGGGUUUAAACUAAGGGCACUACAUGUGUUUGCUCUAGGACAAGGAGGAGAUGAUGAGCCGAGGCCAAAGCAACAUCUUCCCCGUCCAAGAGCUCCAAACAUAUGUCUAGAUACGAUGGAUUCGGACAAUGGUCAUUGGAGUUUGAACAUGACACCAUUGAUGGCGAGAAGAAGAGUUGCCUCACAUACACUGCCAACAACUGGGUUGAUGGUGUGGCGUCUCAGGAGUCAGGACACAGUACAAGCAAGAUGUAGUUGCCUCCCUCCCAUAUAAAUGUUUGUUUUGACCCGGGCCACAUAUAUUAUAAUUUACCUGGCAUGAGUUUUAUUUAUCAUGUAAAUGUACGGUCAAGUUAUGGGUUUUAAUGCAUGGUUGCUUGCAUUUCAACAACAAUUUAGAUUAUCAUAGCAGUAGUUUGUUUUAAUGAUCACAUUGGACUUGGUUGACAGGGGUGCAACGAUGAGACACGGUGGGUUUGUACCAACA